AUGGUGGAGAAUGUGGCUGCAAGCAAGGACAGUGACCAUCCAAUAACUGAAGAUGAAUCCUUCCACGAGAUUCUAGGUAGUGAUCCUGGUUAUCGUAAAGGACUUGGGUAUGGUCCACCACGGCUGCCUGCAAAAGGAAAAGAACGUGCUCAUGCUGACCCUAUCGAACUACGAGUACUCAGCACCCGAAAGAUAAACUUCAUCAAACUGAAGUAG